CAAUCAUGCUCAAUGGCUGCAUUCAUGGUCUCUCCACUGAAGACUCACACAUAGUUUCCACAACAUCACGGCAUGCAUUUGGGACUGUAGGAGUUACAGUCAUCAUAUUUAUAACCGGCUGCAUCAGUAUGCUAACAGUACUGGGCAACGUGCUGGUGCUUCUAUCAAUCAAAGUCAACCGCAACCUCCGAACCAUCAACAACUACUUCCUCUUCAGUCUGGCUUGUGCCGACCUCAUCAUUGGUGUAUUUUCCAUAAAUCUCUACACUGUGUAUGUUGUUAAGGGUUAUUGGCCCUUGGGACCACAGAUGUGCGACUUGUGGUUAGUUGUGGAUUAUGUGGUAAGUAACGCAUCUGUGAUGAACCUCCUCGUGAUCUGUUUCGAUCGCUACUUCUGCGUGACCAGGCCUCUUAGUUACCCGGCCGGGCGCACUGCGGGACGGGCGGGGGCGAUGAUUGCAGCGGCUUGGCUGCUGUCUCUCGUUCUCUGGGCUCCGGCCAUCCUAUUUUGGCAGACUGGGUGGGACGGUCGUAAGGUCCCAGAGCGCGAGUGCUACAUCCUGCUCCUCGCCAACCCUGCUGUAACCCUGGCAACCACCAUCCCUGCAUUCUACCUUCCUGUUAUAAUAAUGACCGUCCUGUACGCUCGGAUAUCCCUGGUCAGUCAAAGGCGAGUUUGUAAGCAGAAGACAAGUGGAGCAUUGGUAAACACAAACCCUGAUAUAGUAAAAGACAUUAAACUGGAUGAAUCUGACCUCAUCAGAAAGAUACGGGUCUGCAGUGUCCCUUCAAUAAAAGCUGGCAAAAUGGACAACUCUGCAAAUUUAAGCCUUGAUGACUCUGUGGAAGGAGUGGAUAGAAAACCAGAGAUUUUAGAGUGUAAGAUAUCUAGUACGCCAUUCAGAAACCAUACCACAGCUUGUAUGGUUCUCACAGAUGUCUCCAACUUGACUCGACGGAGAGCUCUGAGAGAGAGAAAGGUGACCAGGACUGUUUUUGCCAUCCUCCUGGCUUUCAUCUUCACCUGGACGCCUCAUAACGUCAUGGUGCUCAUUGGUACCUUCUGUCGCUGGUGUGUUCCUGAGGUUCUGUGGAUGGUGGGAUAUUUUCUCUGCUACAUCAACAGCAUGGUUAACCCUGUAUGCUACGCUUUGUGUAAUGACACUUUUAAAAGAACUUUCAAGCGAUUGUUAAUGUGCCAGUUCAAAAAGCUGAAUUUAAAAUGAGCCUAAAAACAACUUUUUAAGAAAUGAAUGAAUGAUUUUUUGUGAUGGUGAGGCAAUCUCACUUAAGCCAAAUGGGUUGUUUUUGGA